UUUUAUCCUGCGUGUUUGAUUUUUUUUGUGUUUUUUAGUCGCAUGAACUCUGAAAUCUCGAUUCUCAACAAUUGCAUCUCUACGUCUCACUCCUACCUCUACCUCCUCCUCCUGCUACUCCUCCUCCUCCUCUUCACUUGCCAUGGAGACGUCGGAGGGAAUUCCUCGUUCGGCACCGGCCGUAGAUCCACGGAGCGGCUUCUGCAGCGAAACCAAGAUAUUCCACAGCCUCCGACGACCCGUCCCCCUUCCACCAGAUUCCGUCCCCUUGAAUGCCGCCUCCUUCUCCCUCUCCCUCCUUCCCUCCCCCCUUCCCGACCAACCCGCCUUAAUCGACGCCGCCACCGGAGCCUCCGUCUCCUACCCAGACCUCCUCUCUCGCAUCCGGAACCUCGCCUCCGCCCUCCGCUCUCGAGCCGGUCUUUCCAAGGGCCACGUCGCGUUCCUCAUCUCCCCUCCCGGGCUCGACAUCCCCGUCCUCUACCUGGCCCUCCUCUCCAUCGGCGCCAUAGUCUCCCCAGCCAACCCCCUCAGCACUCCUGCCGAGAUUGCCCACCAAAUUCGCCUUUCCAACCCCUCCGUCGCCUUUGCCACCGCUGCCACUGCGCCCAAGCUUCCGCCCCAUAUCCCUACUCUCCUCCUAGAAUCCCCGCGAUUCCGGUCCUUCUUCGACCCCAAUACGGCACCGCUGCCUCCGUUAGAGAUACUGCAAUCGGACACCGCGGCGAUCCUCUGUUCGUCGGGGACGAUGGGGAAGGUGAAGGGCGUAGCUCUAUCCCACCGCAACCUCGUCGCCCAGAUCGCAUCCAACCACGCCGCGGCGCAAGUGGCGAAGGAGAAGGAUGCGGGGCCGCCGGUGGCUCUCAUCACGGUCCCUCUCUUCCACGUGUUCGGAUACUCCGUGGUACUCCGCGAGGUGACGCUGGGGGAGACGGCCGUGCUGAUGGAGCGAUUCGACUUCAGCGCAAUUCUCGCGGCGGUGGAGCGGUACCGAGUGAACCUCAUGCCGGUGUCGCCGCCUCUGGUUCUGGCGAUGGCCAAGUCGCCCGCUGUGGUAGGCCGAGAUCUCUCCUCCCUGAAGCUUCUGGUAUGCGGUGGUGCCCCGCUUGUUCGGGAGGUAGCGGAGAGCUUUGCCGCCCGCUUCCCAAGCGUCAUCAUGGGCAAGGGGUAUGGUUUGACGGAGUCAUCCGGUGGGAUUGCGGGAACGGACGAUCCCAGGAAUGGUUCUACAGGGCGGAUCUCAGCGAGCACAGAGGCCAGGAUCGUGGACCCCGCCACUGGGGAGUCUCUGGGACCCGGUCAGAGAGGGGAGCUUUGGCUUCGUGGCCCCACAAUCAUGAAAGGUUAUGUUGGUGAUGCUGAGGCAACUGCCUCCACAUUGGACCCUGAAGGUUGGUUAAAGACCGGUGAUCUAUGUUAUUUUGACCAUGAAGGUUUCCUCUACGUUGUAUAUAGGUUAAACGAGUUAAUCAAAUAUAAAGCAUAUCAGGUUCCUCCCACUGAAUUGGAGCAAAUACUUCUUUCUCACCCAAAAAUUGUUGAUGCAGCUGUUGUUCCGUGGGCUGCCAUCAUUGGAACUCUUAAUCUAAUGGCAAGAUAGGCCUCUUGAAGAAGCUAGUUGGGGAAAUUAUGAUUUGCUCGUUGCACAAUUUUCAUCAUUUCACAUUGAGGACAAGACUUCUUUCAAAGGAGGGGAUAUUGAUACGAUCUCCAUGCCACAUCAUCAACCUAUGCCACAUGAGAAGAAUAUCAUUUAUACAUGAUGGCCUCUUUUUCCUUCGGCUCAGGCUUCUCCUCUUCAGAAAGCUAGAUUUGCUUCCCAACUUGUGAGAUUUGAGGCCCUGAGAUAUAACACCAAUUAGAGCUAGGGUCAGCUUAUCGACACGGCCUCUUCGACGCUCAAGUCCGUUACCAAUUGAAUAAUACCAAUUGAAUAAGAAGACGAACUAGAAGAAAAAAGAUGCAGUAGAAAGUUCAAGGAAAGGAGUCACCUUCAUUUGUAGGAAUCAGAGAACCAAACCCCCUUGCACUUACCUCCUUCCACUCUUUAUAUUGCCCUCUGAAGGGAAUCUCCCCGUAGUUCAUUAGCUAUUUCCUUGAGGAAUGGUUAGAGGACUAGAUCUGACAAUCGUUACCUGCUUCUCCAUUCAUCGAUCAUCACGUAUAGUUAACUAGAAACUUCAGAACCUCUGAUGCUCGACAGAACUUAGUUAUGUUAUUUGGCAGAACUUGAUAAUAUUGCUAAGUAGAAUGUAAUAACAUUGCUCAGUGGAACUUGAUAAUAUUACUUGGUGAAACUUAUUUAU